AUGACGUAUACAAAGUUAAAAAGAGCAUCACAAUUAAUUCCAUUAUUUUUUCAAACAGAAAUCAUCCAAGUGGCCAGCUUCAACUCCAUUUAUAAUGAAUACUAUGGACGCAGUGGUUCUAAUGAGUAUUUCAACGGAAGUAGGUAUGGAAAGGCAGGUACAGUCAUAUGGGUGUACGUUGUUAUGUUGAUUACAUUUUUAGGUGUUGCUGCAUAUCUGGCCUUAUUCGUCAAGGGAUCUAUUUGGGAAAAGAGGCAUAAGAUUUACUUUGUUGGAUUUGACGCUAUCUUCUUUUUAUUAUGGUUCACUGAAGUCUUUGCGAACCUAUAUUGGGCUUACAAGGGGGAAGACAAUCCAUGUUACUAUUACACCGCUUUUUCCAAAUUAAGAUCUUAUGCUGGUUCCAAAAUGAAUGCCAUGUGUGCAUCUUACCUCGUUUCGAAUGUGUCUGGUUGGUUCCUUCUGAUAACUUUCACAUUAGGAGCAGGCCUCUCCUUUAAGGUUCAUCUUGAUUCAAAGAAAGAGAAUCCUGGUG